AUGUCUUAUGGCCUUGUGCACAAUCACUGCAUCUUAGCCCUGUUCGUACACAGUGUUGUGUCUGGACUCGACGAAUGGGAUAUUCUACUCACUGCCAACACAAAGAUGGAUCUCAUAUUAGAAGACAAUGCACCCAGGUGUAUGGAGUCGCUUGACGAACACCUUAACUACACCAUUCAUAUUGCCUGGGAGCAAUUCAAACAUGAAUUCAAUCGGAACUAUACGGAUUCGAAGGAAGAAACCAAACGAAUGAACUUGUUUUGUAGAAGCUUUCUUCUUAUAAGAAAACACAAUAUGGCGUACAAUAAAGGUAAAGAAUUAUACAAGUUGGGAAUCAAUGAAUUCUCUGAUAAGGUGAGUGUCUGUUUGAAAUCGAUAUUUUAUCUUUUACAGACUUCGGAAGAGUCCAAUCAUAAUUGUAUUUCUGACCUCGAACUUCCUGACACUACAGAGUUCGAAUCCACUUAUCAGAUGAUUUCGGCGGAACCACCAAAGUCUAUCGACUGGCGUCAGUAUGGCGCAGUCACACCAGUCAGACAUCAGGAAGGCUGUGGAUGCUGUUGGGCUUUCGCCAUCGUUGGGUCAAUCGAGUCACACUAUUUUUUGCACAGACGAAAUCUCUACACACUGUCACCACAACAGGUGGUUGACUGCAGCUUACCUUAUGGUACGAGAGGUUGUAAUGGUGGCUAUCUACCUUGGGGUUAUCGGUACAUCAAUCAGACAGGUGGUUUAGAGCAAGAGCGCGACUAUCCAUACGUGUCUGGUAGAACAGGUCGACCCAACCCGAAAUGUUUGUUUGACAAGAGCAAGGUGGCUGCAAAGAUCGUUGGACUGGUCGCAGUUCCGUUAUAUAAUGAAAAAGCCAUGACACAAGCAGUGGGGUUUCACGGACCUGUGGCUGUUCUGAUUAACUCAAGUCCUGAGACAUUCCGACGUUACAGAGAAGGAAUUUACGACGAUGCAUCUUGUGGAAGCAACAUAAGGCAACUGGGGCAUGCAAUGUUGGUUGUUGGAUAUGGCGAAGAGGACGGCGUGCCAUUCUGGAUUAUCAAAAACACCUAUGGUACAAAGUGGGGUGACAACGGAUACAUACGAGUUCGCAGAGGUGUCAAUAGAUGCGGAGUUGCUACCAGUGCUCUGUAUCCGAGAAUCUAG